GCCCGCCCCGCCCCCCCCCGCCCUGUGCUCCGGAGGCGCUAGCGGCGCAGCCCGGGCUCCGCGGCGCCCCGCCGGCCGGCCGGGCCAUGGACUGAGGAGCACCAUGGGCGCCAAGGAGUCCCGCAUCGGCUUCCUCAGCUACGACGAGGCCUUGCGAAGGGUUACAGACAUAGAACUAAAGCGACUCAAAGAUGCUUUUAAGAGAACUUGUGGACUCUCGUAUUAUAUGACUCAGCAGUGCUUCAUCAGGGAAGUUCUCGGUGAUGGAGUCCCUCCAAAAGUUGCUGAGGUUAUCUACUGUUCAUUUGGAGGAAUAUCCAAAGGGCUGCACUUCAAUAACUUGAUAGUUGGAUUAGUUCUACUCACUAGAGGCAAAGAGGAGGAGAAAGCAAAAUACAUCUUCAGUCUCUUUUCUAAUGAAUCUGGGAGUUAUGUGGUUCGUGAUGAGAUGGAGAAGAUGCUGCAUGUGGUUGAUGGGAAGGUCCCAGAGUCUCUCAAGAAAUGUUUCUCUGAGAGUGAAAAGGUAAACUAUGAGAAGUUCAGGGUUUGGCUGUUGCACAACAAAGAUGCUUUCACGUUUUCCCGUUGGCUGCUGUCUGGAGGUGUGUAUGUGACACUCACUGAUGACAGUGACACUCCUACCUUCUAUCAAACCCUGGCUGGAGUCACACACUUGGAAGAAUCUGACAUCAUUGAUCUUGAGAAACGAUACUGGCUGCUAAAAGCUCAAUCGAGAACUGGACGCUUUGAUUUAGAAACGUUUGCCCCCUUGGUUUCCCCUCCUAUUCACCCAUCUCUGAGUGAAGGUUUGUUUAAUGCCUUUGAUGAAAACCGAGACAAUCACAUAGAUUUUAAAGAAAUUUCCUGUGGGCUCUCAGCAUGUUGCAGGGGACCCUUGGCAGAAAGGCAGAAGUUUUGCUUCAAGGUUUUUGACAUUGACCGGGAUGGUGUGCUGUCUCGCACGGAACUUAAAGAAAUGGUGGUUGCACUUUUAGAGGUCUGGAAAGAUAACCGUACUGAUAAAAUACCUGAGUUGGACAUGGAUUUGUCUGAAAUCGUAGAAGAUAUUUUGAAUAUGCAUGAUAACACAAAGCUUGGACACCUCACCCUGGAGGACUACCAGAUAUGGAGUGUGAAGAGUGCUCUUGCCAAUGAGUUUUUAAAUCUACUUUUUCAGGUGUGUCAUAUAGUUCUGGGGCUGCGACCUGCCACUCCUGAAGAGGAAGGACAGAUUAUUAGAGGCUGGCUGGAAAGGGAAAGCAGAUACGGCCUGCAGCCAGGGCACAACUGGUUUCUUAUUGCAAUGCCGUGGUGGCACCAGUGGAAAGAAUAUGUCAAAUAUGAUGCAAACCCUGUUGUGAUAGAGCCUUCAUCUGUCUUGAGUGGAGGUAAGAAUUCACUCAUAGCUGCUGCAGCCAAUACUUCAGAACAGGGAGAAGACAAAAUGGGAGGUCUUAAUUACUUCAGUGCAACAGAAGAAAAGUUUUCAGAUAAUAUUUCUACUGCAUCAGAAGCCUCAGAGACCACUAGCAGCAAUGCUCUUUACCCUGGAACACCAGGGGCGGAUAUAUGUUUUGCUAGGCAGCAUAACACUUCGGAUAACAAUAAUCAGUGUUUCCUUGGAACCAAUGGGAAUAGUUUGCUCCAGCUCAAUCCUCAGAAACCAGGAGCUAUCGAUAACCAACCCCUCGUGACGCAAGAACCAGUGAAGGCUGCGUCGUUAACCAUGGAGGGUGGAAGAUUAAAGCGGUCACCGCAGCUGGUGGAAGGAAAGGACUAUGUCAUGGUCCCGGAACCAGUGUGGAGAGCACUUUACCAUUGGUAUGGAGCAAACCUGUCCUUGCCCAGGCCGGUGAUCAAAAACAGCAAGACAAAUGUGCCUGAACUGGAGUUAUUUCCUCGCUAUCUGCUCUUUCUGAGGCAGCAGCCUGCCACGCGAACGCAGCAGUCAAACAUCUGGGUGAAUAUGGGGAAUGUACCUUCACCAAAUGCCCCUUUGAAAAGAGUGCUGGCUUACACCGGCUGCUUCAGUCGAAUGCAAACCAUUAAAGAGAUACAUGAAUAUCUCUCUCAGAGGCUGCGCAUAAAGGAAGAAGAUAUGCGCCUCUGGUUGUACAAUAGCGAGAACUACCUUACUUUGCUGGAUGAUGAAGACCACAGACUGGAAUAUCUUAAAAUCCAAGACGAACAGCAUCUGGUGAUAGAAGUUCGAAACAAAGACAUGAGCUGGCCUGAAGAGAUGUCUUUUAUAGCAAACAGCAGUAAAAUAGACAGACAUAAAGUUCCAACUGAGAAGGGUGCUACUGGAUUAAGCAAUCUGGGUAACACAUGUUUCAUGAACUCUAGUAUCCAGUGCGUCAGUAAUACGCAACCCCUGACACGGUAUUUCAUCUCAGGAAGACAUCUUUAUGAACUUAACAGGACAAAUCCAAUAGGAAUGAAAGGACACAUGGCCAAGUGCUAUGGGGAUUUAGUUCAGGAGCUGUGGAGUGGGACUCAGAAGAAUAUAGCACCACUGAAGUUGCGGUGGACAAUAGCAAAAUACGCUCCAAGAUUUAAUGGCUUUCAACAGCAAGACUCGCAGGAGCUCCUUGCUUUUCUUUUGGAUGGUCUUCACGAGGAUUUGAACAGAGUUCAUGAUAAGCCCUAUGUUGAACUGAAAGACAGCGAUGGUCGACCAGACUGGGAAGUAGCAGCUGAGGCCUGGGAAAACCAUCUGAGAAGAAACAGAUCAAUUGUUGUAGAUUUAUUUCAUGGGCAGCUGAAAUCACAAGUUAAAUGUAAAACUUGUGGACAUAUAAGCGUUAGGUUUGACCCUUUCAAUUUUUUAUCCUUACCUUUGCCCAUGGAUAGCUACAUGCACCUAGAAAUUACAGUAAUCAAAUUGGAUGGUACCACUCCCGUUCGAUACGGCCUGAGAUUGAACAUGGAUGAAAAAUAUACGGGUUUGAAAAAACAGUUAAGUGAACUCUGUGGACUAAAACCAGAGCAGAUACUACUUGCAGAAGUGCAUGGUUCCAAUAUAAAGAAUUUUCCUCAGGACAACCAGAAAGUCCGGUUAUCGGUGAGCGGGUUUUUGUGUGCAUUUGAAAUUCCAGUUCCAGGAUCUCCUACAUCAGCAUCAAGUCCUGUGCAAUCAGAUAUCUCGACUGGGUCAUCGGCUAACGGAGCACCCAACAUAAUGAUGAACGGGGACCUUCCCAAACCAACCCUGAUUCCGAACGGAAUGCCAAAUACUGUAGUGCCAUGUGGAACAGAGCGUAACCUUGCCAACUGGACUCUCAACGGUCACGUGCCCUUGCUUUCUGAUAGCCCAUGUACAGGGUACAUAAUUGCAGUCCACAGAAAAAUGAUGCGGACAGAAUUAUAUUUUCUUUCAUCUCAGAAGAAUCGUCCUAGUCUCUUUGGAAUGCCACUAAUUGUUCCCUGCACAGUUCACACACGGAAAAAAGAUCUGUAUGAUGCAGUAUGGAUUCAGGUUUCCAGGCUUGCCAGCCCCCUCCCCCCUCAGGAAGCCAGUAAUCAUGCCCAGGACUGUGAUGACAGCAUGGGAUAUCAGUAUCCGUUCACCCUGAGAGUCGUUCAGAAGGAUGGAAAUUCUUGUGCUUGGUGUCCAUGGUACAGAUUUUGUCGUGGCUGUAAAAUUGAGUGCACAGAGGAUAGAGCUUCUAUUGGGAAUGCUUACAUUGCUGUAGACUGGGAUCCAACAGCACUCCAUCUGCGCUACCAGACAUCCCAGGAACGGAUUGUAGAAGAGCAUGAAAGUGUUGAGCAAAGCCGCCGAGCUCAAGCAGAGCCCAUCAACCUGGAUAGUUGUCUUCGAGCCUUCACCAGCGAGGAAGAACUGGGCGAAGAUGAGAUGUACUACUGUUCCAAAUGCAAGACCCAUUGUUUGGCUACAAAAAAACUAGAUCUCUGGAGGCUUCCUCCCAUUUUGAUCAUUCACCUGAAAAGGUUUCAGUUUGUAAAUGGCCGCUGGAUAAAAUCUCAGAAAAUUGUUAAAUUUCCCCGAGAAAAUUUUGACCCAAGUGCCUUUUUGGUACAAAGGGAUCCAAGUCAUUUUCAGAGAAAACUGUUACCUCCUCAAAUUGACGAAAUUCCUGAAGCGCGGACUCUUCAAGGGGACUCUAAAAAAAUAGAUCUGCAGAUCACUCCUUCAGCAGAAGGAGAUGCUGUGAACAGAAGUCCAUCAUCCCUCAACGCUGCAAAUGUCAUGAAUAAUAUCAAAGCAUCGCCAUCUCUGGGGAGGAAAAGCGGAACCAGCUGUCCUUCAAGUAAGAACAGCAGCCCAAACAGUAGCCCAAGGACUUUAGGAAGAGGCAAAGGGCGUCUGCGGCUACCACAACUGGGGAAAAACAAACUGUCAAGUAGCAAAGAAAACUUGGACGGAAGUAAAGAAAAUGGCACUGACCAGGAACAGAAAAUUGCUUCUGAUCGAAGCGAUACUCUGACGAGAGGGCAGAAUUUGGGUGGUAGUCAGAGUGAACUGUGUGCUGAACUGUAUACUGCUCAGGACAAUGAGGUAACUCUAGCCAACGGAUACAUUUGUGAACAGAACGCGUAUAGUAAUGGUAGCAUCAAUGGUCAGGUGGAUAACCACAGCGAGGAUGAUAUUGCAGAUGACCAAAGAGAAGAAGUUUGUGUUAACCCUAUUUACAAUCUAUAUGCAAUUUCGUGCCAUUCAGGAAUUAUGGGAGGGGGUCAUUAUGUCACUUAUGCCAAAAACCCAAACAACAAGUGGUACUGCUACAAUGACAGUAGCUGUAAGGAAUUGCAUCCUGAUGAAAUCGACACCGACUCUGCCUACAUUCUUUUCUAUGAGCAGCAGGGGGUAGACUAUGCACAAUUUCUGCCAAAGAUUGACGGCAAAAAGAUGGCAGACACAAGCAGCAUGGAUGAAGACUUUGAGUCAGAUUAUAAGAAGUACUGUGUUCUACAGUGAAAGGAUGAUCUUCCAUGGACUGCUGGAAUAUGAGGGAUAACACCCUGAAACUUACAUUUGGCAAAAUGUUAUCGAGACAGAUAAGCUAAGUGUAGUUAUUGUACCCUGUGAUCUGAAAGCACAAAAAGAAAACCCUAACUAAACAGCAGUUAAUAUAGAGAUAGUAUCGUUUUGUUCUGUUGUCUCACUACAUGCUCUAAAUGUUUCUGAUGUUAGACAUCAGGCUGAGACUGCCAUUGGCCUUUAAAUAAAAUGGUUUGAGAAAAGCCGACUAGGACCAAAUAAGAGCUAAAUUUAGUAGUCCAAAUAAGAGCUAAGCAAAGUAGUGUAGAGUUUAUCAACUAUUCUAACAACCCCCUGAAGUUCUCCUUAGAUUUAAAAUAUGGGGAAAAAUGUAGUGUUGUCUUUGGACAACAUGAUGUUGCUACCUCCUUUUUCCUGCAGUUUUAUUGCAUUUUACUGGCAAAACAGGGACAGAAAGAGAAUGGAAAGCAGACAAAUCGAAAGAGUGAACAUCAAGAGCGGGAAUGUUUUCCAGUUUUGCCACCACUAAUGUAUCAGUUGCUUUCUUUCUGCAUGUUGGGAGCACAACCAAAUCCUAAUUUGAGAAGAGAUUAAUUUCUACACUUGAAUGGUUUCUUUUAACUGUGUUUUCUCCACGUGUUGGCUGUGCAGAUCAACAUGUUUCAGGAAUGGCUUUUCUGCCUGAGGAUUGCUAUCUGAAACUUUUGAGAUGACUUGAGAAGAAACUUCAGGUUGAAGAGUAGCGGUGAUUGCACGCAUGGUGUCUUAAAAUGUGCACAUUGCACAAGAUGUUCCCAGCUUUUGGAAGGAAAGAUGCUUGAGCUUAUGUUUCAUGACUGGUGUUGCUUUUAAGUUUGCACUUUUAAAAAAUUCAUAUAAUUCAAAAACAGUUUGUUUUUGUUGUUGUAAGGGCUCUGGAGUGAAUGGCUGUGAAUUAAUCCACUGUGUAUUUCAAACCAAUAAGAAGCUGUGGUUGUCAGGUAGCUAUCGUAGCAUUCAUGGGUUUUUAUUUUUUUAUUGAUUUCUUAAUUUAAUAAGGUUUCUUUUUUCAAAAUUUGGUUGCCUUUUGGAAUCUUCUGUUUUGCAACGGGUUAUGCGUAUACUUGCAAUUAAAACAGAAUUGCUUUUCAUACCCUUGCAAGAUGCUCUUUUGAGUUCAUGGGCUUAUUGCGUUGAAGGGAAGUAUGAGCAAGUCUUGGAGGAGACCAGAAAAAAAGAUGGUUAUUCUUUGAGUAGGCAUUUCUUUAAACGUUCUCAGUGUUAGUGUCUGCAUAUACAAAUGAAAAGUUUCACACUUUCGCCCCUUUGUUCUUCAACUGAAUCUCAGAUGCUUACCGAUUUUGUCACGUGUCAUCUUCCAAAUUCUUUAGAUUUCGUAUCCUCACUAACAGUUGAUACUUACGUUGUUGAUCUCUGAAAUAAAUUUUAGGCUUCUUUUUAAUGCGUUUUACAAGAAUGCCAAGCCUACCAGUAAGUGUAUAAUUUCCAGAAGGAUCGGGGUUUUAUCUGUUUAAGAAGUUAGAUCAGCUGGUCUUGCUGUCUGCACUCAAGCGAAAACCUCCCUGUCUCUGGAGGUCGUGCCUCCGUCAGGACAGCAGGUCAGUUCCAAAAUGAGUAUUGUCUUACUUGUGAAGUGUUGCUCCCUAUCCCGUACACUCUUAUCUUUAAAGUGAUAUAAACAUUGAGACUGAAGAAAAACAAAUGGCGAACUUCUAGGUUAGAAGCUUUUUUCAGUUCCCAUUUGUCUAUUCCUCCCUCCCCAAACUCCAUGAAAAGUGAAAGAUUUUCAACUGAUUUCCUUUAAAAUGUUUUAUUUAAGCAGGUAGCACAAUCUACUAAUGUUAUUUGAUCUUCUGUGUUUGUUACGUUGGUUGUAAUUAAUUUUUUAAAUUAAAUUAAUUCAUGAUUUAGUAGUAAAUUUAUUAAGUUAACUAUUAACUACAUUCACUUUGUAAAUUAUUGUAUAAAGCUUAUUGACAAUGCACUGACUUUAGAAAGAUGUUAAUGUACAUAAAUACCUUGUAAAUAAAAUAGUGUUGAUGUACUGGAAUAUGAGCUGUAUUAAAAAAAGGUAUUGGUAAUUGUAUAUGGAGUGAACCCGUUUAUCUGUAACUAUAUUAUUCAAACAAAUUAAAUACUGUGGAUGCAGA